CACCAGGACAAGAAGACUUGGCAACAGAAGGGCACACAGUACCUGACUUGGGGUUUUGUUUUUUCAUUCCUCUUUACAUUAUCAAAACUAAAGGGACAUGGAGUUGUUUCCACCCGCAGCGCACUGUGGUAUUCUCUGCAAAGGAACUUUCCAAUAGAGAUGAGAGAAUGAAUUAUAAAAGAGAAAUGCUGUUGCUAAUCUUGCUUGCUUUAUUGCUGGCAUUAUAUAAGCACCACCCCAGAAUAAAGGAUCACCUACAGAAGAUACAUGCCUGCUGGAAUGAUCAUUUGGAAGAACCUCCGCUCUCAGCCUGGUUUAAUCCUAAAAAACGUCCUGAUGUUAUAGCAACAACUGAUUGGCUCGCUCCGGUCAUAUGGGAAGGAACUUAUAACAGACAAGUUCUAGACAAAUACUACAAGAGACUGAACAUCACCAUAGGCUUGGCUGUCCUCGCGACUGGAAACUUUACAAAACGGUCCCUGAAACACUUCAUAAAAUCUGCUGAUAAGUACUUCAUGGUUGGCUACAAUGUUAUCUUUUACAUCUCAACUGAUAACAUCUACAAUCAACCGUACUUAGAGUUGGGUCCUCUUCGGUCAUUUAAAACAUUGAGGCUGCCUAAUGGUGAUAACUAUCAAGACUGUACUCCCAGAAACAUGAAGACCAUGAAAAGUAAAAUCAUGCAUCACAUCCAAUAUGAAGUAAACUUUCUCUUCAUUAUGGCUAUGAACCAGAUCUUCAAGAAAGACUUUGGAGUUGAAACCCUGGGCAAAUCUGUAGCUCAACUCCACGCAUGGUGGUAUUUUAAAAAACCCAAAGAUUUCCCUUAUGAGAGGAGAGCUAAAUCAGCAGCUUCUAUCGCCUUUGGGGAGGGAGACUUUUAUUACCACAGUGCCAUUAUUGGUGGCACACCCAGUAACAUCUUAGCUUUCAUUAAUCAAUAUCUAAAGGGAAUUACAGAUGACAGCACAAAUAAACUUGACAGCACGUAUGAAAGCCACCUAAAUAAAUAUUUGUUAAUCAAUAAGCCCACUAGGGUGUUAUCACCAGAGUACAACUGGGAUCCGAAAUUUAAGACUCCUCCACAAAUAAAGCACAUUAAGAUAGCAUGGCAGCCAUAAAUUACUUGAUGGUUGUGUCAUGGGGUUUAUGAAUUCACAAGAAAUAACAGGAAUUUCUUAAAUAUAGAACUUGGGACACUCACAAAAACGUAUAAUCUUCCAGAGUAAAUUAUCUAUCUUUGAAAUUGUAAUUCUAUUUCAUCUGAAUAAAAAUAAAUGGAUAAGUAUUA